AUGACACUUCAUGUGGCGGCACGCCGGUUAGGACAACCUACGACCUUAAUUGCCUCGACAUUUGCUGCGACAAGACUGGGGCCGAGUCUACAAUGCCGACAUGCGUGGACGGGGAACCCCCUCAAGGGUCUCAAGGAGAUAUUUAACCGGAGCAAGAAGGCACAGGAGUCGACGGUGGCACCUGAGUUGGAUGACCCCAAGUCACGACAGGAGCACCUCCGACGGAGCUUGACGAGCAAGAACGCGUCGGGCGGUAUCUUCGAGGAGGAGUUGAAAGAUUCAUCUGAGGCUGCAGAUGCGACGAGCGCUGCCGAGGAGCGCAACGUGCGAACCCGGGAGAACAUGGCUGUUGUGACAGACCCCGACCCUCGAUCCCGUAUACGCUGGCAGAGGCGUAAGGUGAUGCAAAUGGUGCGCAGCCGCGGGGUUGUGAGCCGUGAGGACCGCAUCAAGAUGACGGAGCGCGAGCAUCUGCACAAGAGCAAGUUCCUGCCCACUAGCACCAAGAAGCUCGUGAUGCUAGCCCGCCAAAUUGCCGGGAAACCGGUUGACGAUGCCAUCACCCAAAUGCACUGGUCCAAGAAGAAGAUGGCUGCCGAGGUCAAGUACUACCUCGAGGAGGCGCGCGACCUUGCCGUCGCCCAGCGCGGGAUGGGCCUUGGCCGCAUCAAUGGCGAGCUUCUCCACAAGCCUCGCAAGAUUCAGACAAAGGACGGCAAGUGGAUCGAGGUUUCUGAUCCUACCCGCAUGUAUGUCGCCCAGUCGUGGGUCGGUCGCGGGCCCUGGCGUGGAAAGACCAUGGACUACAAGGCCAGGGCUAGGUUUGGUAUCAUCCAGCACCCUAGUACCAGCCUCACCAUUCUCCUCAAGGAGGAGAAGACCCGGAUACGGGAGCACGACGAACGCGAGACCAGGAAGAAGUCGCUGGGCCCCUGGGUGCACCUGCCCAACCGCAAAGUAUCCGCCCAGAGGCCUUACUACGUCUGGUAA